AAUCUGUAGCGACGAGCUAAACCAAAUGUCUGUGAGCUGAAUCCUUUCCACUGUACUGAUGGUCAAAGGAGUUUAAAGUUAUAUUCAGCUGUGACAGCUCAGUAAAUGUUGAAGUUAAAUACUGAUGCGUGAAAGUUAACAGAGAUGUCGAGACAGCAGCUCAAGCAGCACCUGGACCCAGAGGAAGAAGAAGAAAUGUCGGAGGUUUCUGGAAAUGAUCUUGAAGAGGAAAGCUCUGGAGGAAGCCCAAUCUUAGAUGCAGUUUUCUUUCCCGACAAUCAACUGCGUAUAAUAGUGGUUCCUGCAGAUUUUCAGAAGUCAGUGCUGGUUAAAGAAGAAGCUCCUGAAGAACAGAGUCCUGAUUUGGACCUGCAGGACCCAAAUUGUCUCCACAUAAAAGAGGAAGAAGAGGAACUGUGGCCCAGUCUGGGGGGAAAGCAGCUCGGUGUGAAGGAGGAGACAGAUGUCACCAGCUUUUCAUUCACUGCAGUUCAUUUGAACAGUGAGGAUGAUAAAGUGAAACCAUUGUUCUCUCAUCUUCAUCACCACCAAGAUGAAGUUAGUAGUCUUCCAACCAGCAGUUCGGGUGACCACAUAGAAUCAGCAACUGGUGAAGGAAAAAAAUAUACAAAAAAAACAGAUCUAAAUGCUUAUAGAGAUGAUUCUGAUUCUUCAGAAACUGAAGUUAGUGAGGAUGAUGAAGAGGAUAAUCAUGUGAACAAUCCUGAGUCUGAGCUGAAACCUUUAUCAGACUCUGGGUCAAAAGCUGAAGACACUGAUAAAGAAUGGGAGUCUUCAUCCAGCUGGAAUCCUGAGUCAGGUGGAAACACCAUCAACAAAUUUGGACAGAAACCAUUUCCUUGUGAUCUAUGUGAACAAAGGUUUACCAGCAAGGGCCAUUUAAACAGACACUUGAAGAUCCACACAGGACAGAAGCCAUUUUGUUGUGAUCUGUGUGAACAACGGUUUACUGAAAAGGCUAAUUUAAAAAAACACAGGAGGAUCCACACAGGACAGAAGCCAUUUUGUUGUGAUUUGUGUGGAGGAAAGUUUAGUCAAAAAGGAGAUUUAAAUAGACACUUGAUUAUCCACACAGGACAGAAGCCAUUUUGUUGUGAUGUUUGUGGGCGAAGUUUUAGCUACAAUAAUCAUUUAAACAGGCACAUGAGAAUCCACACAGGACAGAAGCCAUUUUCUUGUAAUCUAUGUGAACAAAAGUUUACUCAAAAGGGCAGUUUAAAUAAUCACAUGAGAAUUCACAGGGGAGAGAAGCCAUUUUCUUGUGAUAUGUGUGAACGAAGGUUUACCGAAAAGGGCAGUCUAACCAAACACAUGAAAAUCCACACAGGACAGAAGCCCUUUUCUUGUCAUUUGUGUGAACAAAAGUUUAACCAAAAGGGCAAUUUAAGUAAACACAUGAAAAUUCACACAGGACAGAAACCAUUUUGUUGUGAUCAGUGUAAUCAAAACUUCACAGAAAAAGGCAGUUUAAAGAAACACAUGAAAAUUCACACAGGACAGAAGCCAUUUUGUUGUGAUCAGUGUAGCCAAAAGUUUAGAGAAAAGGGCAGUUUAAAGAAACAUAUGAUGAUCCACACAGGACAGAAGCCCUUUUCUUGUCAUCUGUGUGAACGUAAUUUUAACCAAAAGGGUAAUUUAAAUGCACACCUAAAAAUCCACACAGGACAGAAGCCAUUUUGUUGUGAUUUUUGUGACCGAAUGUUUACCAGUAAGGGCAAUUUAAACAAACACAUGAGAAUCCACACUGGGGAAAAACAGUAAUUUGAAUGAACUUAUAGGCAAGAAGCCACUCACAUACAAAUAUAUUUAAACUUAUUGUUUUACUUGUCUGAAUC